AUGGUCUUUUUGAUUUCGACUCUCGAAGAAUGUUUUUCAUUUCUCGAUAAAAUCGAGCCAAAUAUUUUAUUCUAUGGAUUAUUAUCUUUUACAUUGAUUGUUUCGAUUUGGGAACAUUAUCUUUCAUAUCGACAAUAUUGCAAUUAUAAACGUCAUCAAACUGUACCAGAUGAGUUAGCUGAUGUAAUGACGAAUCAAGAAUUGGAUAAAGCACGUUCAUAUGCCAUUGAUAAAAUGCGUUAUAAUGAAAUUCACUCAAUUUUCAACGAAGUUGAAUCAACAGUUCUAUUAUUAAUUGGUAUUUUGCCAUGGUUAUGGUCAACAUCAGGAAAUAUACUUUUGAAAUAUGAUUACAAUAAUCAUGAAAUAUUACAAUCAGCACUUUUCCUUAGUAUAACUAUGAUUUAUUCUACAAUAAGUGGCGUUCCAUGGUCAUAUUAUUAUCAUUUUGUUCUUGAAGAAAAGCAUGGAUUUAAUAAACAAACAAUUGGAUUUUUUAUUAAAGAUACGAUCAAAAAAUUACUUCUUACAUUCGUAUUAACAUUACCAAUUUUUUCUCUUUUAAUUAAAAUAAUCCAAAUAGGUGGAGAUUAUUUUUUUGUUUAUGCAUGGCUUUUCAUUACAAUUAUGUCACUGAUUAUUGCAUUUAUUUAUCCAAACUAUAUUGCACCAUUGUUUGAUCGUUAUGAUCCAUUACGCGAAGGAGAAUUGCGUUCAAGUAUUGAAAAACUUGCAGAGAAAAUAAAAUUUCCACUUGCUAAAAUCUAUGUUGUCGAGGGUUCGGCAAGAUCAGCUCAUUCAAAUGCUUAUUUUUAUGGAUUUUUUAAAGCAAAACGCAUCGUUCUUUAUGAUACACUUAUUAAAGGAUAUAGUCUUCAUAAGGAUGAAGAUAAAACUGAUAAAGGAAAUAAAUUAGAUGAAACAAAAUCAGAAAAAAAUGAAGAAGAAACUAAACCAAUUGAAACUAGCAAAUUGGAAACCGAAGACAAUACGUUGACUCAUCGUAAAAUUAGUGAUGAUAAGAAAAAUACAGUUGAUGAAGAUCAAAAAACAGCAAAGGAAAAAACUAGUACAGGCUGUGAAUCUGAUGAAGUUCUUGCUGUAUUAUGUCACGAAUUUGGGCAUUGGUUUCUUAGUCAUAAUCUUGUCAAUCUAUGUAUUUCAUUCGUCAAUUUGUUCUUGGUAUUUUCUAUAUUUGCUGCUUUAUUCAAACGUACCAUUCUGUAUGAAGCAUUUGCUUUUACGCAAACACGUCCAAUUCUAAUUGGUCUACUAAUCAUUUUUCAAUAUGUUUUAUCACCGUAUUUCGAAGUGUUUUCAUUUGCUUUAACUGCAUUAUCACGUCGUUUUGAAUUUCAAGCUGAUCAUUUUGCUGUUAAACUUGGACAUGGUGAUCAAUUAGGUCGUGCAUUGAAAAAACUUGAAAAGGAUAAUAUGUCAUAUCCAUUCUCAGAUAAACUUUAUGCUACAUAUCAUUAUUCACAUCCGACAUUACUUGAACGUCUUAAAGCCGUUAAAUCCAUGAAACAAAAAUAA